GAAUCCUCCUGUUUACUAGAAUUAAUAAAAGGAUAUCAAAUGGAUUUUGCCAGGCUGAAUGAAUCUCCAACAGGACGUCACCAGAAAACACAGGGAUUAUCACAUGAAGUCAUUAAACAUGGAGAUAUUUAAACGUCCUGAUUGCACCAUCGAUAAGAAAAUGUUACCAAUGAAACUUCACUACUUGUUCAAUUCCUUAGCUAUGGGAUCGGUUACGAUUUACUUCCCACUAAUAGCUAAGAAGAUAGGAAUAAAUGCUACAGGAUUGGGUGUGAUGUUUACAGUACUUCCCUUCCUUAGUCUGUUGUUUAAUCCAUUGUUUGGAUACCUUACUGAUAAAUUCAAGAAGAUUACCUUCGUUAUUAUCAUCUUAACCAUUAUUCUUGCACCUGUCCACUUUUCGGUCAAUUAUAUUCCCGAAAUUGAAAGAAGGACACACUCUUUUGCUGGUGUCAAACUUCAUUGUGGUAAAGGCAACUCUUCUACUUUCAUCGAAUCUUCUCAAUUUACAAUGAAAAAUGUAGAAAAUAACAAUUUGGAGUGCCAAAAAGAAUGCCAAAAUUGCAAUAAAAGCGAUUUAUUUAACGUCACAAGUGGGUCAUUUUUAAAUAAUUCCCAAAUUUUACGAGUAUCGAACAUAACGUUGAAAGAUAAUAUAACAAUAUCCAUUUGUUCUCAACAGUUAUACGAUAAUUUCAGUGUUAAAUGUUUGAUGAAAGAUAAUCAACGUAUCAAUUCGUUUGUUCACUAUCAAUUCUGGUUAUUUGUUAUAUUAAUAACACUUGGUGAUAUUAUAGCAGAUGCUAUCAGUGCCUUAUCAGAUGCUGCCUGUUACGAAGCUCUUGAAGGAAGGAUUAAUCAGUUUGGUAAACAAAUAUUGUGGACCUCAGCUGGUUAUGGUGCCAUGUCUAUGCUUGCAGGAUACAUUUUAGAUUAUGCAAAUCUCAAUAAUAAAGGAAAAACUGACUUUUCUUUGUGUUUCUACAUGAUGAUACCUUUAAUGUUAAUCGAUAUUAUUAUAUUGAAAUUUACAGAUAUGAGAAAAAGAAAGUCAUCAUCGAAAAAUAUAUUCAAAGAUAUCACGAAAUCAUUCGUAGAACUCCAUUCUUUCUUCUUCGUUACGGGUGUAUUUUUUGUGGGAUUAUUAUCCGCCUUACAGUGGAAAUAUUCGGUUUGGUACUUAGAAGAAUUAGGAGGUAGCAAGAUGUUAAUGGGAAUUUGUGAAGGAGUAAUUUGUUUUAUUAGUGAUAUUCCCUUUAUGUUAAUUUCUGGUUGGAUUAUCAAAAGAAUUGGAAGAGACAAUAGCAUGAGCUUAGCAUUCAUUUCACUUUCUGUAUGGUUUUUAACUGCUUCUUACAUCUAUGAACCAUGGUGGAUUUUAUUAGCAUAUAUGGUGCAAGGACCUUCUUUCGGUCUAUUUUAUGCAGUUAUGACAUCGUAUGGAAAACUCACAGCUGCACCUGGUACAGAAGCCACCAUGCAAACUGUUUUAGGAGCAGUAUUUAACGGUUUAGGUGUAGGAGUGGGAAGUUUAUUGGGAGGAAUUGGUUUCGAUAAAUAUAGUGGUCGUAUGACUUAUCGCAUUGCAGGAUAUUCUGGAUUAUGUUGCGCCGCUGUAUAUAAAUGUGUUACGUUAUUUAUAGCUGGAGAAAAUUCAGUUAUUAAAGAAACUAAAGAAGUAGAAGCAGAAAAGCCAAAGAUUGAAGAUUGCAGCUGAUCAGACCACCGUUAAUUGAAUACAAAUAAUGCUAAAUUUUCGUUAAAUAGACGAAAAUAAAUAUCUUAAAACAUUGUAUCAAUAUUGUCAACUUGUUAAUACAUUAAAAUAUGUAUUAUAAUUAUUUUAAAAACUAAUAAACGUUUUAAAUUUACAAAGAAGCAAU